CCGAGUCCGCACGCCCUGCACCCUGCACCCUGCACCCUGCGCCCUGCGAGGGCCCAGCCGAACUCCAGGCGGGCAGGUGCGGAAGGAGCAGAAGGGACAGGGCCAAGGGUAGAAGCAAGUCCUGCAGGAAGAGAGGCGCCGCUGCUGCCUCCAACUGCUGCCUUUGCUGCUUGCCACCAGCUCCGAGCCGGCGUCCGGAGUCAGGAGGCAGGCAGGGCGCAGGGGGGCGCGGGGGGCGCCCAUGGAGCACACGCACGCCCAUCUCCCCGCUGCCAACAGCUCGCUGCUCUGGGCCUGCGGCUUGGGCUUCGUGCCUCUGGUCUACUACAGCCUCUUGCUGUGCCUCGGUUUACCAGCAAAUAUCUUGACAGUGAUCAUCCUCUCUCAGCUGGUGGCUAGAAGACAGAAGUCCUCCUACAACUAUCUCUUGGCACUUGCUGCUGCUGACAUCUUGGUCCUGUUUUUCAUUGUGUUUGUGGACUUCCUACUGGAAGAUUUCAUCCUGAACGUGCAGAUGCCUCCGGUUCCUGACAAGAUCAUAGAGGUGCUGGAGUUCUCAUCCAUCCACACCUCCAUUUGGAUUACGGUCCCCUUAACUAUUGACAGGUAUAUUGCUGUCUGUCACCCUCUCAAAUACCACACGGUCUCUUACCCAGCCCGUACCCGCAAGGUCAUUGUCAGUGUUUACAUCACCUGCUUCCUGACCAGCAUACCCUACUACUGGUGGCCCAACAUCUGGACUGAAGACUACAUCAGCACCUCUCUGCAUCAUGUCCUGAUCUGGGUCCACUGCUUCACAGUGUAUCUGGUGCCCUGUUCCAUCUUCUUCAUCUUGAAUUCCAUCAUUGUGUACAAGCUUAGGAGGAAGAGCAAUUUUCGUCUCCGGGGCUACUCCACAGGCAAAACCACUGCCAUAUUGUUCACUAUCACCUCCAUUUUCGCCACCCUUUGGGCGCCCCGCAUCAUCAUGAUCCUCUAUCACCUCUACGGGGCACCCAUCCAGAACCGCUGGCUGGUGCACAUUAUGUCUGACAUCGCCAACAUGCUGGCCCUUCUGAACACAGCCAUCAACUUCUUCCUCUACUGUUUCAUCAGUAAGCGGUUCCGCACCAUGGCUGCUGCCACACUCAAGGCCUUCUUCAAGUGCCAGAAGCAGCCUGUGCAGUUCUACACCAAUCACAACUUUUCCAUAACAAGUAGCCCCUGGAUCUCGCCAGCAAACUCACACUGUAUCAAGAUGCUGGUGUACCAAUAUGACAAAAAUGGAAAACCUAUAAAGGUAUCCCCGUGACCUCGUGUGUUGGGCACCUAGUGCCUCUGUGUUAUUCAUUUCCAGAUGGGAGAGCAUCCCAUCCUGUGGCUGAAUAGCUCUUCUUAAGAGUGCUCACCUCAUUUCCUGUCUCCACAGAUUGAGCAACUCUCAGACUGGUAGAUGACAAAGAACGGAAGAGAAGAAAGGAAAGCAUGAAUCAUGUUUUACUUGUGUAUUCCUUUUCACAAAAUCAUGUUGACAGUAAAAUUUCCUGCAGUUCAAAGAUGCUAUUGGAGGUCAUAAGUGUCAUCAUCCUGUGACCAGUCAGAACACCCCAUAGAAAAAUAGUCUGUGACUUAGCACAGGACCAUCCACAGUGACUGGGAACUUCUCAUUUAUGUGACACACCAUGUCACAGUAGCACACAGCUGAAGCCACACUCUUCUUCCAAGAGCUGAGGUAAUCUGUUGCUUCCCUGUGCCAUUUCCAGCAACUAACAAUGCUGACUUAUCACAGAUUUUUCCAAGGUGCCCUUUGUCCUAGUAGGAGUUGUGGCCUUGAGGUAGCCCUGGCACCCCUGGCUGCAGAAUGAAUGAUGGGGAAAAGGGAGUAUUGAAUCUCACCCAAACUUUGGCCAGAGCUUCUGCCGGAAGGCACUGUACCAAUAUAAGUAUGACCCUUAGGUCUAAAAUGUGGUUUUCUAUUUGCCAUAAUUGUGUAGAUUUUAACUAUUUCCUCCAAAACAAAGACCCUGUCUGGUGUACAGGGGGAAAAGGAGGAAUUCUUGAGCCCAGAAAAACAAAAAAACAAGCCCACUCUUGCCAUUGUUUCAACCCAUCUGUGUCGGCAAUUUUCAAAAUCACUUCUGGUUGUGACACCACACAGCUUCCUAGAGAAGCCUUUUAUGUGUAGACUCGCCAGCCUGGCCUCCUUGCUUGCUGAAGCCCUUUGUUUUAUUUGAAGUGACUUCCUAACUUAACGUGAUAUUCAAGGGUCAGGAACACUAGCUCUCUGGGUAUGAAAGGAUGUAUUCUCCAUUCUUGCCCAUAGUGCAUAGCACUUCCCUGGAAAUUUUCACUCAUUUUGUAUGCACAUGUGCAUAUUUGAUUCUCUGAGACUCCUGCUUGUGUCCAGUGAUGUGUUUUGAAAGGAAAGUCCAUGCUGGAGUUUCUCUUAUUUUGCAUUUUUAAAACUGCUCUCCCAGAAUCUCAGUAUUUAGACUCAAUCCUGUAUGGGAAGAAAUUUUCCAAUCUGAUUUGGGGUUUGCAUGUUAUAUUUAGUGGUCAAAUAAAAAGUAGACAACCCCCCUGGAACACUUGUUUCCUUAAACUUGAUUUUUAGUGCAUUUUGUCCCUAAAUUGGAAGGUAUGGCCUUAUUCUUUUUAUGGGAGUUUGCAAUAAAUGCGUUGGGUAAAAAAGACCUCAGGGCAGCACAUACCCUAAACUUCUGCCCAUGCUAACUCAAUAUAAUUCUGAGCCCUGUUAGUCCUGAUGAUCCUAAGUCCUAUUUGUUUUAAAUGAGUGCAGUAGAAGGUUAGAUUCUAAAGUCAGUGCAAAAGAAAAACACUGGCAGAGCCAAAGUUAUCUGUGCAAAGUCCUUAGUAAAAAGUCACAUUGGAGACUUACUAUAGAUAACUAAAUUUGUCUCCGACAGUGGAACAGGCUUCUGGUUCUUUUGCUGAAGACAAGACUCACUGGGCUCCUGUUUAAGGACAACAUUGUAUGAUUCUAAUAUGGCUGAGAACAUCAGGAUCAUCCUGGUAUAGCAAGAUGCUCCCACUAAAUGAAGAGCACAGAAGUUGUUCAACUAAGGGCCAGAGAUUCCCCCUUCCAGUCUAAUUGCUCCCUAGUCCACAUGCUUGUCGAGGGAAAGGACAAGCAGAGUCCUCUAUACCCCUUAAACUGCAUUUCCCUUGGUCUCUUAUUUUGCCAAGCAUGUGUAGUUGUAUGUGUGCUCAUUAACUGUGUGUAUGGCGUGAUUCCACCACACCCCCUUAAGAAUGAACAUUGACCAAAGGCUACCUACCUGAAUAUGUAUACAUAUACUUAUUUAUUUAUCUAUCUAUUUAUUUAUUUUUAAAACACAUAGCUCCGAAUAACACUAGUGUGAGCUAUACAUGAAUGAGUUAGUGUGCAAUAUCUAUCAAGGUUCAGCAAUUCUUUUUUGAGGACAUACAUUAUGAAGGAAAAUAAGCCUGUGAAUCUUAAUGCUCUCUGUUUCAUACUUUUGAUUGUACAUAAAAUAAAUGGUUGGCUUUUAAGAAUUGGGUGUGCACUGGGAGUGUUUGCCUCAGACAUUCAUUUAUUACUCCCCUUAACUGUAGUAGUUCUAUCAAGUAGUGUCAUGAUCUCUUUUUCCUUCUGGCUCUAUUUUGCUAAAUGAUAUUUUAAAACUUCUGAAUCUUGAAAGCACUCUGAUAAGCUGCUGUCUUCUGUUGAAAAUGCAUAUGAAUGCCCAUAGGGUUUAGCUGACAUACAUCUGUUAAAAUUAUUUUAAAUCAUCUAAGUAUUUCUUAAUUUAUUUAUUUAUGAGAAUAAUCAUGGACAAUAAUGAAAAGGGUUUUUUCCCUUUAAGACCUCUGGAAGCCUUUUCUUUCAGGCCAGUUUUGAAAACAAAGCCUUGAAUUUUGAAGCCUGUCAUGUUAAAAGCUGCUAUGGAGAACAUCCAAGCCGUUGCCUUCACCCAGGUUUUUGUGAUGCCUGUUGCAAAGACUGUUAGUUAGCAUCUCUCUUGCUGGAUGCUUUGGUUGGAUAUUGCUAUGAUGCUACAUGUGUACAUGCUAUGUCUUGUUACUAAACAACUCUAAGACAGAAACGUCUCAUGGGGAAGGAAAAGAGGAGGAUGACAGACAAAUGAUAAAGGACAGACCAUGGGAAGGCAUGAACUUCCAUUUUGCAAACACCUGCACUGGGAAAGAUUACUUUGCACAGUUGGUGCCCACUAUUCCAGCAGGAGGAGCUCACCUAAAGUGAAUAAAAGACUUUAAUAUUAGCUAUUCCCACUCAAACGAUGGAAUAUAAGGUCACCAUAGAAAAACAGUAAAUGUUCAUAUUUUCUUAAUUAGAUAAUAUAUUGUGUUUGGACUUGUUUGUAUUAUAAUAAAUUCUAAA